GUGGUACUAAGAUGUGUAUUUACUUCGACGUUCUAUGUAUCGAUUAAAGUGCCAAUCAAUUUUUUUAAGGACUAUACCUACUUGAAAAUAUUCCUAUAAAUAAUACACCGUAAAUUUUGUGAGACAAAACAAAAUGUUCAGUGCUAAAGUUGUUAUCUUUCUCGCUGCUGUAGCACUGUGCUAUGGAGCACCAAAUGCCAAAUUCACCAACAAGCACCUGAAUAUUGCAGGUGGCACUGAAACCACAAUAGAGGAAUAUCCAUUCGUAGCUUCCGUUCAAUUGUGUUAUUCAGAAGACAUUUGCAGACACAUUUGCGGUGGUGUAAUCGUCAACGAAAACUGGGUAUUGACCAGUGGUACUUUUGCAUAUGACGUUCAACAGGUUGUUGUUGGAGAUUCUAACUUACAGGGAAAAGACAAAGUUGCCGUUAAAGUUGCAGCUAUAUAUCUUCAUCCUAACUACACCUCAUCACUCGGUCCAAAUGAUAUUGCUCUUCUUCAGUUAGCUGAAGCACUGACCUUUAACGACAAAGUACAACCAGCAAAAUUGCCAACGAAAGGCCAAGAAUUCGACGGUACAGCCGUUGUAGUUAGUUACGGUAGCUCAAACAAACUUAACGUUUCCCCUAAUUUAACGUUUGCUUCUAACGAUGAAUGUAACGCAGCCAUCGAAAAACUCAUCCCAGGCGUAUAUAAUGCUGUUGAUGACGACAGCAACGUAUGUACUUUAAACGAAAAAUCAAACAAUUGCGAUGGUGACCUCGGUGCUCCUCUGUUUCAAGACGGAACCGUAAUCGGUACCGUGACAUUACUCAUUGACAAAUGCGGUAUCAACGGAGCUCCAAAUUUAUUCACCAAGCUUUCUAAUUUUGCCAACUGGAUCAACCAAACCAUUACCGAAAAUAGUCAAAUUGUAUAAUUUUUUUAAAACAAUAAUAUAUUUUAUUACCUAAUUUUUUAAAUACACAUAUUUUAAUAAUUAUAUUUUUAAAUAGUAUUGACUUGGUAAAAAUUGUAAUAAGAAAUAUAUUUGUGAAUUUAGAAAAAAAAAACCUAAAACCAAUUUAAUAUGAAACAUAUAGGCAUUUUAUUAAUAAAAAAUAAAAGUACCUGAAUAAGAUAAACGAAGUAUAAAUAAUAAAACAUAUAUACAAGAUCUAACAAUAACUUGCAAUUAAACAUUUAAAAAUAACCUUCUUCCAGAAUGCAAUUGCACAAAUUAAAAUGUCCUCUGAAGAUUUAUUAUUAAAUACAACUUCUGUAAUUUCAACAUCGUUAUUUAUUUCAAAUGUGGGAGAAACAAUUCAAUUUUAAG